AUGGACAUAAUUAAUCCUUAUGACUCCGGUUAUGAGAUACAGACAACCAAGUUCUUUAUGAUUGCAGUACACCACCACCCCACUGGACUGCUUAAGACAGCUAAAAGUGUUGGAUUUCAAUAUCCUACUACAUUAAGAUUAUUCCACAUCGGUUAUGUUCUAGGCGUAAUAUAUGGAUUCUUGUUCUCACUCAUCUUAACAGCGAGAGAAAACUACUACUCAGAUGCUAGUCUAAUCAGUAGCAUCGUACUUGGAGUUAUCAUCUCUGAGACAGGAUUAUUUAUCAGCUUUUUCUGGGGAGUAUAUACUACGAGUUGGACUACUGGUUUAGAUCUUGAAGGUCUUUGUUUACCGGAUCCAAGUUCUCUUGUGCUUUUCAUGACCAUCAUGUUAAGUGCAUUAAGUAUAGUGGUAUCCAGCGUAUAUUUGAAAAACCAACAUUUGUAUACAAGCUGUACGAAUAUCAUGACAUUCACUUUGUUUGUUCCCUAUCUACCAUAUUAUCUAAUUGGUUUAAUUUUCUUACAAACGGCUUUUGGUUUGAUUGAAUUAUCGCACCCAGAUAACUCCAUACCAGUGAACCGGUUUGUAACUCCGCUUCAUAUCGUACCUGAAUGGUACUUUUUAGCAUAUUAUGCGGUGUUAAAAGUAAUCCCAUCCAAAACCGGUGGUUUGUUAGUAUUUAUGUUAUCAACAUGUCAAUGA